AGUCGUUGAUCCCGCACCACCAGCAUGCCCGGCCACGUCAAGAAGAGCACGGGUCCCGACCCCGAUCCCUCUGAGUACCUCUUCAUUUCCCCUGAACAAAAGCGCAUCGACCAGGCCAAGCCUUACGAUCCCAAGAGGUCCUACUGGGCUCCCGAUCCUCAGGAGGGUUUCGUUGAGUGUGAGCUUCAGGGCGCCAAGGGGGACAAGUUGGUUACGGUUAAGCUUCCGACUGGAGAGGUUAAGGACUUCAAGAAGGAACAGGUCGGCCAGAUCAACCCUCCCAAGUACGAGAAGUGUGAGGAUGUGUCCAACCUGACCUUCCUCAACGAUCCCUCCGUCUUCUACGUCCUCAAGUCCCGUUACCAGGCCAAGCUUAUCUACACCUACUCUGGUCUCUUCUGUAUUGUCAUCAACCCCUACAAGCGUUACCCCAUCUACACCAACCGUGCCGUGAAGAUCUACAUGGGCAAGAGGCGUAAUGAGGUGCCCCCUCAUCUCUUCGCCAUCUGCGACGGUGCUUACCAGAACAUGAUGCAAGAUCGUCAGAAUCAGUCCAUGCUUAUCACUGGCGAGUCUGGUGCCGGCAAGACAGAGAACACAAAGAAGGUGUUGUCUUACUUCGCCAACGUCGGUGCUUCUGAGAAGAAAGAGGGCGAGAAGAAACAGAACUUAGAGGACCAGAUUAUCCAGACCAACCCCAUCCUUGAGGCCUAUGGUAACGCCAAAACCACCCGUAAUGACAACUCCUCUCGUUUCGGUAAGUUCAUCCGCGUGCACUUCGGCCCCAACGGCAAGCUCUCUGGCGCUGACAUCGAGGUCUACCUGCUGGAGAAGGCUCGUGUCAUCUCCCAGUCCCCCGCCGAGCGAGGCUACCAUAUCUUCUACCAGCUCAUGUCCGACCAGAUCGACUAUAUGAAGAAACUGUGCCUUUUGUCUGACGACAUUUACGACUACCACUACGAGGCUCAGGGCAAGGUUACUGUCCCAUCCAUCGACGAUAAGGAGGACAUGCAGUUUACUCAUGAAGCUUUCGACAUCCUGAACUUUUCCAACGAAGAGAGAGACAACUGCUACAAGGUUACCGCGUCAGUCAUGCACUUCGGUAACAUGAAGUUUAGACAGAGAGGUCGUGAGGAACAGGCUGAACCCGAGGGCACUGAGGCCGGAGAAGUGUUGCCAACAGGGAACAAGGUUAAUAAAUCAGAUCGGGAGAGGGCUGACUACGUGGCUCUCUGUAUCCUCUCUGUGGUAGAAAAAUUUCUUCUCAUAUCUGCCGAGGAUCCCUGGAUUUUAGGAGGAGAAUGUCUUUUAUAUAGCAUAUACAUUAAAAAGAGUACCUGUAGUCUGUUGACGGUUUCGGGUACAUGUGACCCUUCGAAGGACUUGGUCAACGCGCAAAGGGUGCUGCCCAUCGAGCACCAGGUGAAGACGACAUUCCACAGGAAUAAGGCUUCGGAAGGGUCGUUGCAGUUGAUGCUGAUAUGUAGUCAGGAGACUAUAGGCAUUCGGACGCACAUUAACGAAAGGGCAUCUGUAGGCAGAGCUGUCGCGGCAACCGACUCUGAAUUACCGGAUGCCCUGUGA